UCGGGGGUUCGUCCAACGCUCUGUGCAGUCUGAUAAAAAGUUCGCAGUUUCGUUCCUCCGUCCGCUCGCUCUUCUCCCGCGAUCCUGCGCACUCCCCUAGAUCCCCCUCCGAAAACAUUGCGGACUUCUCUACUGAGCACACCGCCCACGACACUCUUCGAACCACAGCACAUUGAGGAGGACUUUGCAGGCCGCCUCAGCCCCGCACUCGUUACACGAUGAGCAACCAGCAGCAGGGCAAUCGCCUGCAGCUCAACUUUGGCUUUGGUGGUGGGGGUGACCGCAACAACCAGUAUGCCCAGGAGCAAGGCCGUGCAUUUCCCACCACGCCAUCGACGUUUCCACAGCCUGUGUAUCCGAACCAGGCUGGCCAGCAGGAAGUCUGGGGCGCGCAGCAGCACCAGCAGCACCAGCCACCGGGCGGCGCCAGCAGCUACUCGGGCUACUUCCAAAGCCCUUACCAGCAGGCACAAUACCAAGGGCAGCAGGGAAACUUGCAGGCCCCGGGGUCAGCUCGCUUCGAUCAGAGCCCCAAUGGACUAGCCCAGCAACUUUCGCAGCAGCACCUCGGAGGUGGCAGCAACCGCUCCGGAAGCCCCUACGGUCGUCAGCCCUCGCCGAGCCAGCAGCGACCUCGUACUGCUGACAACAGAGGCUACGGAUAUGGUAGCUACGGAGGCGGCGCUGCACCCCGACAGCCAUCGCAGUCGCUGUAUGACGAGGAGGCACCAGCCAGGAACCCUGAGAAGUACUCAACCAACAUCGCGCAGCAGGCGACCAUGUCCAAGGGCUUGAUCAACACCUUCUUCAAGGACAGCGUUCAGCGAGCGCGCGACCGCAAUCAGAGAGCAUUGGAACUCGAGUCGAUCAUGAAGGAACCUUCGAUCUCCGACAACCGCAAGGCUCAGAAGGAGAACAGUAUGCGCAAUGCCGAAAUUCAGUAUCUGCGAUUCCUGCGAACAAAGGAGAAGCCUGACAACUUCUCGACCCUGAAGGUGAUUGGCAAGGGUGCCUUUGGCGAGGUCAAGCUUGUUCAACGUAAGAACGACGGCAAGAUCUACGCGCUCAAGUCGCUGGUCAAGCAGGAGAUGUUCAAGAAAGACCAGCUUGCACACGUACGAUCCGAACGUGACAUCCUCGCCGAGUCUGACAGUCCCUGGGUGGUCAAGCUGCACACCACAUUCCAGGACAACACCUUCUUAUACAUGCUUAUGGAGUUCUUGCCCGGUGGUGAUCUGAUGACUAUGCUUAUCAAGUACGAGAUCUUCACGGAGGAUAUUACAAGAUUCUACAUGGCAGAGAUCGUUCUCGCCAUCGAAGCUGUUCACAAGCUGGGCUUUAUCCAUCGUGACAUCAAGCCUGACAAUAUUCUUCUGGACCGCGGCGGUCAUAUCAAGCUGACUGAUUUUGGUCUGUCAACAGGCUUCCACAAAGAGCACGACGCAGGCUACUACAAGAAGCUGCUUGCUGGUGGCGCCCACAAGUCGAACCGGGAUAACCGAAACUCCAUGAACAUGGAUCAGAUCCAAUUGACAGUCAGCAACCGUACACAGAUUAAUACUUGGAGGAAAUCUCGCCGCCAAUUGGCCUACUCCACCGUCGGUACACCCGAUUACAUCGCGCCAGAGAUCUUCAGCGGCCAAGGAUACGACUUUGGCUGCGAUUGGUGGUCUGUGGGUACCAUCAUGUUUGAAUGUCUUAUCGGCUGGCCGCCCUUCUGCGCGGAGGAGCCCCAUGACACAUACCGCAAGAUCGUGGAUUGGCCACGCAACUUGCACUUCCCACCGGACCAGCAGCUCGGUGCUGAGGCGGAGGACUUUGUGAGGCGCCUGAUUUGUGAUGCCGACCACCGUCUAGGCCGCAUCGGUGGUGCCAGCGAAAUCAGGCAGCAUCCUUUCUUCCGCGGUGUCUCGUGGGAUGGUCUGCGACGCAUCCGUGCGCCGUUCGAGCCGAAGUUGCAGUCGAACGUUGAUACUCAGUACUUCCCCAUUGACGAGAUCGACCAGAACGACAACAGCGCUGCUUACAGAGCACAAGCUGCGCAAUCCGGAGACGACGAAUAUGCCACCAGCUUGCCUUUCAUCGGUUACACAUACAAGCGUUUCGAUGCUUUCCGGGGUGCAUAAAGUGCUCGUCGACUGGUCGCGACGAUACACUGCACAAUUGCAUAUCGUUUUUGCAGGCUUUGGUAUCGUAUACAAGCAUCGCCUAGGCGUUGGGCCUCAUUUCUGCACUCAUGUUUUACGUCGUCGUUCAGCAUACAUUCUGUGAUCAUCGGGAGUAUCGAGGAUAGGUAUGCCUUGCUGGAGUCAUGUGAGCGGCCUCAGGAUGAAACAGCUAAGGCGCAGGCUGCGGUGGUUGGGUCGUCCCUCAGAUUGUCGGGUGAUAGCGCAUCUAUCACGAACACCUUUGCAGAGGUAUCAGAUAGGUAUUGGGAUUGUGAGGAGUUGGGCGAGAAAUCAAACAAUGUGAAACCCCACUUUGCGCUCACAGCAAACGUAAU